CAAACGGCUUGGGUCCUUACCAGGGGGGGAGUUUAUUGUGAUCUAGAAAUGGGGGAGAACGAAUCUGGCGUCCCUGGUCCCCCCCAGCAAGAGAAAAAGAUGGCCUAUCACAAAGUGAACGCGGACCAGAGAGCACAGGGGCACUCUCCGUACCUUGACAACGAUGAGCUCCAAGCCACGGCGCUGGAACUGGAAUGGGACAUGGAAAAAGAGCUGGAGGAGCCCGGCUUUGACCAUUUCCGACUGGGUGGUGGGGCCCAACAUCAUGUGGGAAACUCACAGAGCCCUGACCUUGAUCUCGAGCCCAUCCAGCCGUCGUCUUCUCCAAAGGGAAGAUUCCAGCGGCUUCAGGAAGACCCCGACUACAUCUCCCACUAUACGAGACAGGCACCAAAGAGCAACCGCUGCAAUUCUUUUCGGAUACUGAAAGUCUUUUGCACUGCUUUGAUUUUAUUUAUUUUUGGAAUUGUGAUAGGAUAUUACGCACGGAAGAAAUGCCCUUCUCCCCCAACAUCUCAAGAACCAAAUAACCGUCAUAUCUACCAUGAGAUCCUCAAGGAAAUCAAAGCUGAAAACAUUGAAAGGAUUUACAGGGAUUUGUUACAGUCCCCUAGAGAAGAUGAUGUUGACAUGGCAAUGAAAAUUCUGGUUCAGUGGACUUCCCAAGGCCUCCAAGAUGUCCGGCUGGUAAAUUACUCUGUUUUGCUUGACCUACCAGGCUCUUCUUCAAACACAGUAACUCUGAAAAACAGCGGCGAGUGCUUUUAUCCCAGUGGACAACAGUGCACCAGAGAGACCAAAACCCUUCAGAGCCAAGACCUCCUGUACUCGUACGCGGCUUACUCUGCCAAAGGAGCUCUGGAGGCAGAACUUGUUGAUGUACAGUAUGGGACGGCGGAAGACUUGAUCCAGAUUCAAGCCAUUACGAACGUGACCAAAAAAAUUGCACUUCUGAAGCUGGGACAAUCACCUCUGCUCUAUAAGCUUUCUCUGUUAGAAGAUGCAGGGUUUGGUGGUGUUCUUCUUUACGUUGAUCCUUGUGACUUACCAAAGACAGACCUUGCUGAUAAAGCUUUUAUGGUGUCCUUGAACAGCGGGGGAGAUCCAUCCACACCUGGUUAUGCCAGUAUUGAUGGAAGCUACAGGCAAAAUCGACUGAACCUCACAACGCUGUUAGUACAACCAAUUUCUGCACUGCUUGCCAAAAAACUUGUUUCCUUACCUGAGAACACUGUCCAAAAAGAUAGGUGUGUACCCCUCCAAAUGCCAGCUAAAGGCAAAAAAAUAAUCAGCCUCAAUAUUCAGUCAGUCACAACUUACAAGACAAUUUCUAAUGUUAUUGGAUAUUUAAAGGGAUCUGUAUUUCCUGACAGAUACAUCAUUAUUGGGAGUCAUCACAACAGUUUGAAUACUUAUGGUGGGCAGGAAUGGGCCAGUAGCACUGCCAUCAUCACAGCAUUUAUACAGGCCUUGAUGCUGAAGGUGAAGAGGGGCUGGAGACCAGACCGGACCAUCGUUUUCUGCUCAUGGGGAGGAACAUCCUUUGGGAACAUCGGUUCAUAUGAAUGGGCGGAGGAUCUCAAGAGAGUUCUUCAAAGAAAUGUUGUGGCUUACGUUAGCCUCCAUAAUCCAGUCAGAGGCAACUCAACAUUACACCCUGUUGCAUCCCCUUCUCUUCAGCAACUGGCAGCAGAGAGCCAGAGCUUCACCUGUGUGGAAAAGCCACACUGUCGGGCAUCUAAUGUGAGUUCUGUGCAGACCCAGGGAGAUGCAGAUUAUUUCAUCAACCACCUUGGAGUCCCUGCCACACAGUUUUCAUAUGAGGACAUCAAAACAUCCGAGAAUUCGAGCUUUCUCUCCGAAGCUCUUUUUCCUGUACAUUCAACAAAAACUGAAGAGCUGGAUCCCUCCUUCAGCCUCCACGAGACCAUUGCAAAGCUAACAGGACAAGUGACUUUGCAAAUUGCCAAUGAACCGGUUUUGCCGUUUAGUGCCCUCGACAUCGCGUUAGAAGUUCAGAACAGUCUUAAAGGUGAUGAAGUAGUCCCUCCUCAGUUGCUUGCAGCGGCGUCGCGCCUGAGGGACACGGCGGAGUUGUUCCAGUCCGAUGAGAUGCGCCCGGCCAAUGACCCCAAGGAACGUGCUCCCCUCAGAGUCAGGAUGCUCAACGACGUGCUGCAGGGCCUGGAGAAAAGCUUCCUGGUUCAUCGAGCUCCCCCAGGACUUUACAGAAAUAUUCUUUACAGACUAGAUGAAAGGACGAGCCGGUUCUCGGUACUGCUGGAGGCACUGGAGCACCACAAACUGCAUCAGUCAAACGAGACCGUUGAGGCAGCCUUGUCGGAGGUGCUGAGCAGCAUCAAUUCAGCUCAGGUUUACUUCAAAGCAGGACUGGAUCUGUUUGAGCCUACCUUGGCUGGGAAGAAAUGAGAGGAUUGGCUGCAUCCUAAGACGUUUGUUUACAACUCAUGAAACAAAAGUUCGACUCGGACCAGCAUUUCUCUGAGGAUGAAACCUUUCUCAAACUUUUCUUUCAGUUGGCUCUUCAAGGUACCGCAACGCGUGGUUUUAGAAAUAUAAAACAGUCUUUUGCACUGUUCACGGUAUCUCUCAAAUGUCUGUUUCUGAAUGUAUAAAACAUAAUGAGAGGGAAUAACACUUAAGAUGUGAUUUUUUAGAAGGACAUCUGCUGUAUUUUUAUAUGUAAAAUAUAUUUUUAUGACUAAAAGCUCAAUCUUGCGAAGUACCUGCAAUAUGCUGAAGACCUGGUUCUGAGACACCCCAGCUGUUAUACCCAGGUGAACUUGCCAGGCCUGCUCUGUCAGAAAAAUGUGACUUAAAUAUACUCUGAUGGUUUUUAACCUCCUCAGCAAACUCAUCUCCCUUACUCCUUUCAGAGUAAGUAGUUGAAGGAUGUGGCGUUUCCUUGGGUAUCCAGCACCGGAGUUAAUCAGGAAAUGCACCCAACACCCUCACCAGUGCAAUCCAACAUCUUUACUCCUGUGGAGCAAUAAAUACCUCAAUUCUGAGAAUACAGAUAAACUUUGAUUAGUCCAUUUCUGUAUGAAAAAGAGUUGUUUUCUCUAGUGAUUUUUGGAGAGAACAUUUUGGUGAUGAUUUCAAAUGAUUUGAGAAGUUUGAAGCGGUAGUUACACUUGUACAAAAAUACUUUGAUUCUGUACGUUAAAUCAAAAAAAAGCCUAGUCUUUUAAGGCUACAGGCUUUAUAACCUUAAACAUUACCAACCUGGCCCACUUCAAGGUCUCCCAAAAUUUCCAGACACCAGUAAAUGAUAAUGAGACCUCAGUGUUCUGGGAGCAUUUUUGGGACUCCAGCACUCAGGCACACCACCCACUGGUCCAGGCUGGAUCAUUCCAUCAGCAGUGCCCGGAAUAUAGGAUUAUGGUCAAAAAAGCACAAGGAAGACGUCAAUUUGCUCUCUGCUGCAGAACCAGGAAUUCACCUCCGAAGGCACAAGGUGACACAGCGUGUUGCAGGGCUAGAACUCAGAUCUGUUUGGCACUGGUGGAAGCCUUGUACAAAGGCUGUAAUCACCCCAUUACCUUGUUGGCCUGAAGUAAUCUGUGAAUGAAAGGAGCAGGAGGUUCAGUGUCUCCUAACCUCUAAGGGGUUAAUAUACACGGUUGAGAAAGAAUUGCAGGUCUUAAUAAUAUAAACAGGUGAAAUUAUUAAGCCCUAUUGGGUUUAGAGUUUUACAAUCUCAGAUGAUUCUGGGGUUAGAGCUUAAAAAGUUAGCUUUAUAUAGAUACUUAGAAUUGAAAUAUAAUUUAUUUGAUGGAAACAUUAAAUGUGUUGUUACCCAGUUUGCCACAGAAACAUUACAGAAACAUUUCAGGUUACAAUAAAAAUGGAAAAAAUAUCUGUAUUAAUGUAAAAAAAAUGCCUUAUGGAAAAUUUCAAAAUGUACAAUUUGGUGAAAGACUUGUUAAAGUGCAUGUUCACAUAGGAGGAAAUGGGAGUUGUUUAUGGAUCUGGGUUUCUGUUUCCAAAAGCCCUUGGCAAAUGGGCCUCUCUUAGCAGUGACCCAGGACUGGGCACGUACAGUUAUGUUCUUGCUACAUUUCUUUGCAAGUUUUUGUUAUGUUUCAUGGGCAAAAGCAUCCUGAGUGUGACCAGAGGCGGGGCUAUGGACUUGUAAAACUACAACUGAAGGAGGGAUAUGUUCAACAUAGUCAGCACAACUGCAUGAAUUUAGACAUAAUUAUCUCCUGUCUUUAAUUGGCACCUGAUAAGCAAGAGCAUAUAAUUAUUCUUUUGAUAAUGCUGGUAUCAAUUCUGUUAAUUGCAGAGAGAAUUUGACUGCUGAAAAGUAACAUUUUUUUCUUAUACUACAAUGUUGGGUCAUCCCCUUGUUUCUAUAGUUUUUAUUAUUGUAAUACUUAAAUGGUUGAAAUGACCACAUUUGAGUUCUAUGUUUAUUUUGGGAUAGAGUUUUGGGAUGUACAGUGCACACUACAUCUGAAUUGUAUUUCCUACUAGGGACUGCUCUUCUAACUGUUUAGUAACAUAUUUUCUUUAGACUGGGGACUCGCUGUGGAGCCAAUGUCUGUGGUCUUAAAUGAUAAAAGGUCAGGUGCCAUUAAGAGACCAAAAAUAGAUUUAACUUUAACUCCUUUAACUUUGCCAGGAGAAUUUAAUAACUGCUUCCUCAGUAUGUGUGUUCCACCAAAACCACCUCUAAUAUAAACGGAGUGUACUCAGGCAAAAUCAGUUGGGAAGGGUACGUAUGAUUUUUCAACCAUGUAAUUCCUCACUAAAACAUUUAUCUUGUUUUCUCACUAAUGUCCUCCUCUAGCCACUUUGAAAAUAGCAGACUGCAAAGUACUCCACCAUAAAAAGCCCUGCUAUUGUAAAUGUCUGUCUCUUCUAGAGACAAUCAUAGAUUCUUGUUGGUGAGAUUAAUCAGAUGUAUGGACUUAAAUGUAUUGAUUUCAAUGUCAUCUCACACUUCUGGAUCUCUAGCCUUUUAUUUCAAAUGUUCAGCUCUUACAUACAAGUGCUCAGUGAUAGUAUUUGGGCCAUUAUAGCUUCGGAAGAGGCACUUUUGUGCCAUGUCCUCCCAUUGAUUUUUAAAUCCUACGUAUUGACUUCAAAGAAUUUAUAGCAAGUUACGGUCCUAAAUACCUGGUGUGUUUCUAACAUGGAGUUUUUGCCCAUCCAGCUCUGGAACAUCUGCCAAAGGAAGGUGAUAGUAAAUCAUAGUAUCUUACUGAUAUUGAAUACAUUCCUAUAUUGUAUAGAAAGAAAUGGAGCGUCCUUAAAGGCAGAAGUAUGUUUGCAAAUUGCCUGAAUGAUACUAAAAAUUUACCUUUUCAGAAACAUCAACUGCCAGAGACAGUAUAACAAAUGCAUUGAUUACUAAGUAAUCUAGAGUCGUGUUCACAGUGACCAGAAAAUCCCUGCAGCUUGCAAUAUUUGUAUGUUGAGACAGUUGAUAAUAAAAAGCUAAUAAGAUUUUAUUAGUGCAUAUUUUAAAGAGUCCAUAAAGAAGCUAAAGUACAAUCAACUCAAAUGAAUAAUAAGUACCUGGGAGCUGGAUUUUGAGUACUAACCUUAAAAAAGGCAGCAAAUUGCUUUUAUCUUCCAAGAAAAACAAGCCUAUUUUGAUGUAGAGUAUCUGUGUGAAUAUGCAAACACACAAAUACACAAAUGCCUUAUCUUCAAAACGUUGUACAAACACUAAUUUACUUGCAGUGAUAUUAUACAUCUCCAUAAGCAUAGAUGUAAAUAAUAACUACAAGAGAAAAUUAACAAGCACUUUGCACUGCUUCAGUUACUUUUCAGGAAGUAUUUCGGUCUAGAGCUGCAAAAGAAGGCACCUCAGCUGACCUCAGUUCUUGCAGCAGUCGGUGGGGAAAGGUUAAAUCUCUCAGGUGUUGCAGAAGGGACCUCUGGAGGUCUCCUUGUCCAAGCUGGCUGCUCAGGCAGGGUCACUCAGAGCCAGCUGCCCAGGGGGCUCUAUGUCCAGAUUACUUUGGAAUAUCUCCAAGGGAUGGAGAUUCCAGAACCUCUCUGGGCAACCUGUACCGGUGCUUGGUCACCCUCACAGAGAAAACGAGUUUUCUUCUUCCAUAAAUAAUAGUUUCUCCAAAUCUCUCCCUUUAUUUCUUAGUUAUUAAAUUACUGUAAUUGGUUUAACUGUGUUAAAAGAUAACUGGGAUUUCAUUCAGUGAAACUCUUGGCCAAGGUCUCUAGGAUUUCACAGUUAAUGUGUUGGAAAGUUUGUAUAAGAAUAUUUGUCCUUCAAGCCGUGGGAUUUAUUUUUAAGUUGUAGACACUAAUGUCUUUACAGGGUUUUUUGUAUGGUCCCAGGUUCCCAGUCAGAUGAUUUUAUCUACAUUAAGAGAGUUAUUGAGAACAAAAGAUGCAUUAGAAAAUACAGGAAGGAAAACAGCUGUCAGCAUAUGUGUAGCUGUGCGCUAGGAAUAUAUCUGUUCUGACCAAACUUUGGGAGCCCAGUGCAAUUCAAUGGUUUGUGUUGCGCAGAAAGUCAGGCAAGAUAAUCGUGGGGGUCAUUUUGUCUUGAAAAGCUAUUAAAUACUAUCAACGUAGUUAUGUCUGGACCUGUAUUCUCAGGGGAGCAGUUAAGAGUUUCCUCCAAAGCCUUGUGUUGCCAGCUGUUAUCAGAGUUACUCAGAAACGGGCACCUCUGACACGCACUGCAGUUGCUAUCUCCGGAAAAAAGCGCAGUGUGGAAGAUGUUCUUUUCCCUCAGCACUCUGUAACGUUUUAGCAGGAUUCUGCCAGUCACAGAAAGGUGAGGGGUAGGAAACAAAUCUCUUUUUAAGAUGCCUGGGACCUGAAUUUUGAAAACAGUUCACCUUACACAGUACUAAAAUAGUUCAAAACAUAGUAAGGUGUCUUCUGCUGGGGCUCUGGAUCUUCAAAAUUUGAAAUAGAGUAUGGGAAGUAAAUGUCUCAAAAAUAUAGAAUGCACAAUUAAACGUUACAUUAAUGGUAGAAGUUACUUGCCUACCAAUGCAGGGAUAGGAUUUCAUCACCUUGCAUAGUUUUUGGUGUCUUUAACUAUCAGACUGUACUUCCUCGCUCUGCCACCGUCUUCUCCAACCCCCUGCAGUCCUUCAGUUCCACUUCCCUUACAUCCUUAUGCCACAUGAUGUCUUUGUGCCUCACCCCCCUUUUCUUGGUCAUUCCCACUAGUUUUUAGUCUCUGUUCUUGUUCCGUAUCACUUCUUAGUCAUCCCACUAACUUACCAACUAUCACUUCGUAGUCUCCCCUUCAGAUCUCCAAGAGCCAAGUUAACCCCCCUCAACCCAGUCAGGCCUUUGUUUCCCAUCCAGUUCCAGUUUCCUCAGCCAGUUAUUUCAGUUCUCCUGUCACACCAGUUCCCUGCUUUUCUGUCACCCUUCCUGUAGCUACGAGGCUUCAUCCCAGUGUGCUUCAUCUCUCUACCUCUAGACCUUGUCCUCUGUGUUUGAAUCUCUUCAGCUCCUUUGUCAGUUCUGCUUGGGCAUGGUGGAAGGUAGCGGAGUGACAGAGCAGCUCACCUCCCUUCAGUUGAGAUUCUUAUUCCUGCUACCCUGACCAUAAUAAAGAGCUGAAAGUGAUCUUGUGUUAAAUUCAAAGUAAUGUCUUCACUCUCUAACGUCUGGAUCAGGAAAUUCCCUGAAAAACACCAGUGUAGGCAGGUGACAAUCUUGGAAGUUCU